AUAAUUUUGAUUUAUAACUAGCUCCGCCUAUCAUAAAAAUGGCUUCUAAAGGUGUAGUGCUCAUUCCUUCUAACAAGGUUCGCUGUCGCAAUCUCGACCCACUUCGCUUCGUCAUCAAAGACAUUAGACAUGGGAACACCGAGGCUGUUAUGAAGGCACUGAAUUCUUCUCCCGAGCUGUCUGGGAUCUUCCGAGCUCGUCUAAUGGCCGAUCGCGUCCCUAAAGGCCGUUCCCCUCUCGUUACAGCAUCGCAACACAAUAGGAUAGACCUACUGCACUAUAUACUUGAAAACUAUCAAGCCAAUUUAGAACAAGAGACAUCGACCGAUAUAGAGGGCGGGCAUCCAGUGGAAGGAGCCACACCUCUUUGGACAGCCUCUACUCUGGGUCAUAUCGAUAUUGUCUCUGACCUAAUCAGGAGAGGAGCAAACAUAGAACACACGACAGACUCGCGGUCCAGCCCGCUUAGAGGAGCAGCUUUUGACGGACAUUUGGACGUUGUGAAGUAUCUAAUAGAGCGAGGAGCAGACAUUGAUAAGCCAAAUCAAGUAGGGCAGAGCCCACUGACAAUCGCUGCUGCCAUGAAGAAAGAAGAAACCGUCAAGUACUUACUUGAGAAAAAGGCCAACAUUCAUCACAAGGGUCAUAACGGGGACACCCCUCUUCACGUUGCUGUGGAAUCAGGCUCUAGCGAAAUAACAAAACUACUCGUUGAAGCAGGCGCCAAAAACAUACCAAAUGAUGUCGGAUACACACCAGCGAUAAUGGCAUGUUGCUACGGUCACCAAGAUAUCAUGAACUACUUGAACAGCACCUUUGUUCUAGAGCAACAGGAGCUGUACGACUGUUACUGUCUCCUUGUGGCUAAGGAGGUUCUUAGCUCUGACUUGAGUGCUGCUUUGGAUUGGCUAUUGAAAGCAAUUGAAGUCCGUAACGCUCACCCAUUGAUAUCAGCAGAACUAGAUAAGAGACCUCUAGAAGACAUAUAUGAUAAAAUGAGAGAGCCGUCUACUGAGGCCGAGGCCCGGGCUAUACUACGCAACAACAUGGAGUCCUUCUUUCUCUGUGCCAUGUAUUGCGAACGUAUCCUUGGAGCGAUACAUCCAACUACUCCAUUUUAUAUCAGAAUCAGUGGGGACAUGGCCCUAGAGGAGUCAAGACAUGACAAGUGCAUGCAGUUGUGGCUGAGGUCCCUCCAGUUUGAUAAUGCUGCUAGAAUGGCGUACGAGCUUCAAAUAAUAGAAGACCUUCUUUUUAGCGUUAGAGGGUUCUGUAGUAUGCUUGAUGCUGGCUAUGUCCCCCAAAUACAUCAGCACUUUCAGUGGGGAGUGAAGGAAUUCAAAAUGGCCAAAGAGAGUAAGAUAAGUGAGGUCGAUGUAGCGUAUUGUCUCUGCCGGAUGUUAGCAGUAUGGUUCAAAGUCCUGGAGCAUUCACCUGAGAAUAAGUCAGAAGAAAGGAAGAGAUUAGACUCUGCAGUUGAGACUCUUGUCAGUUUAAUGGAAGGCAAAGAGACUCCUUUACUUGUUGCAUGUCUCCAUGACAUAACUGGAGCACCAAAGACCAACAGUGCUGUCACCAGUGUUGCUAAUGCUAAGCUACCUUUACACUCUGUUGUUGAGGUACUAAUAGAAAAUGGCUGCCCCGUCAAUUGCGAGGAUUUGGUUGGCAACUUUCCGCUUCACUUGGCUGUGAAACUAAAAGAGGACAGCUCCCUCGAUUGUGUGAAGACUCUCAUUGAAUAUGGCGCCCAUUUAGAUGCAGUUAAUCACUGCAACGAGUCUGCUCUUUCUCUGGCAAAGAAGAAAGAGGGAUAUCGUAAAAACAAUCAAGAAAUCAUCGAUCUCCUAACUCUGUCUCUCCACAGAGACUUAAGCCUACAGUGUAUAAGUGCAGCUACUAUUGUAAAGGAAGGCUUGAGCUAUGUCGGUGUCCUUCCGUCAUUCCUUAUAUCGUUUGUAUCAGAGCAUGAUACUGAUGGACUGGUGACUCAAGAGAGUGAGGAAGAGGGAGAAGGAAAACUUGAAGAGGAAUCUAGCAUUAGCACUACUGACAGUUCCGUUAAUAGUUGAUUUAUGUAAUAAUUAUUUAAUAUUAUUAUUUUAUCAUUAUGAUAGUCCAUUUAAACUUGAUUUAUGUAACAAUUAUUUAUUAUUAUUAUUAAUAUUAUUUUAUGAUUUAUGAUAGUCCAUUUACACAA